GAUGCGGCUAACGCUGGAUCACCUCCAUCGGUCACCGAGCUGUUGACGUGCUGCAAUCGCUAUCGGCGUUCAUCAUCGUCGACCAAACAACCACUUGACGCUGCGACGAUUGCUGGAACUCCACCGCACAACGACAUUCAGUUUCGAUCGCCUGGAGCAUACGAAACCACCCGAAAUACAGUCGCCAGACAGCCCGAAGCCCGUCGUCGAACAGUACCAACAACAGCAAUAGCCCAGCAUGUCUUCCAAGAAGAAGGUCCUCCUCAAGAUCAUCAUCCUUGGCGACAGUGGUGUUGGCAAGACCAGUCUGAUGAACCAAUAUGUCAACAAGAAAUUCAGCGCGAGCUACAAGGCGACAAUCGGUGCGGACUUCCUGACCCGCGAGGUGAUCAUCGACGAUAAGCAGGUGACGAUGCAGCUAUGGGACACAGCUGGUCAGGAGCGUUUCCAGUCGCUAGGCGUGGCCUUCUACCGUGGUGCAGACUGUUGCGUUUUGGUCUACGAUGUGAACAACUCCAAGAGCUUCGAGGCUUUGGACAGCUGGAGAGACGAGUUUCUCAUUCAAGCCUCGCCGAGGGAUCCUCCCAACUUCCCAUUUGUGGUUCUGGGCAACAAGAUUGAUGUGGAGGAGAGCAAGCGAGUGAUUUCAAACAAGCGUGCGAUGACUUUCUGUCAGUCAAAGGGCGACAUCCCAUAUUUUGAGACCAGUGCCAAGGAGGCCGUCAACAUUGACCAAGCGUUUGAGGUCAUUGCCCGCAAUGCCCUCGCUCAGGAGGAAUCGGAGGAGUUCAGCGGCGAUUUCGAUGACCCGAUCAACAUCCGCAUCGACAACCCCAACGAGGGCUGCUCCUGCUAAGUAUCUGGACCUGAUGGGCAGAUGUUUGUCCUCUACAUCACCUCUAACCACAACGACGAGAGCCCCAGCGGCCGAGACAGUCAUUUGAGCCUCGAUAAUCUUCCAUGACCGCCAUGGUCUCCUUGCCACGCGUUGCAUUUGGAAGGGUAACGGCCAGUCCAGACAGCAUUAUACCCUUUGCCGGCUGGAAGCAUCCUGUAUCAUAAUGGAAUGGAGGCUUCAAUGCGGAUCGCCAGCGAGUAAAGUAAAGAUAUGGGGAUGCUAGUGAGGCUGGGUGGGCGCGCAGAUACAUCAGGCGGCUAGAUAUUUGUCUAUAGUUUGUUGGUUAGUACUACGUACAUGCUUUUAUUUCGCAUUGUCUUGUACCGGUAU